AAUAAAGUGUUUGAAAAAAACUUAGCGACGUUAAUUCAUUGGUCGUGGCAGCUUACAGCCAAUGAAAUAGUGUGACGUCAUUAUUGGUCGAAGGACCCCGAAGGACCCCGAGAACAUCCGGCAACCCGAGAACAUCCGGUACCCACACCGGUGUCCACGAUAUAUGUUACUCCUCACCAAGAUGGCGUCGCGCUCCGCCACCGGCGGCCAGGCUUCCCAGGCGGGCGUGUCUUCUCUAGCGAUAUAACUCAUUGGCGCUACCAGCGUUAGCUUGUGUUGAGAGGACGGCUGUGUUUUGUUGGGACGUUUGUGAGGAUUUUUGGACAGAUAGGACGAUACGUGGUUCCUGUGGGAACUCUCAGCAUUUUCCAAAGUGUCGUAAAUGAGUGAAGAAGACAACAUGGCUGUGAUUGUGAGAGUAGCGGAUGAUCGGAGCUGCAGUGAAGAGGACGGCGGUGUUUGUGGGAGUUGGAGCUGAAGAUCGGAGCAGGAACAAUGUCUUCAGAACCUCAGGAAGGUUUUGUCAGCGAACAACUUUCUGCUGCUGAAGGAACCAUCGACCAGAACGAGGAGGAUUUCUGUCGUCAGCGCAGACAGUUGGAUAGCAGCUGGAACCCGCAGCUACAGCUCCACAUAGUUGUCCUCCCUCCGCAUAAAGAGGAUCUGUGCAAACAGCAGAGGAAUUUAAAAGUGGAACAAGAGGAACCAGAGCCUCCGGAAAUUAAAGAGGAACAGGGGGAACCAGAACCUCGACAUAUUAAAGAGGAACAUGGAGAACCAGAACCUCCACAGAUUAAAGAGGAACAUGGAGAACCAGAACCUCCACAGAUUAAAGAGGAACAUGGAGAACCAGAACCUCCACAGAUUAAAGAGGAACAUGGAGAACCAGAACCUCCACAUAUUAAAGAGGAUUACGAGGAACAAGAACCCACACUGAUUAAACAAGAGAAAGUAGAAGAACCAGAACCACUGACAAAAGAGGAAGAAGAAGGGUUCUACAUCAGUCAGGAUGAGGAGCAGCUUGAUCUGAAGCAGGAGACUGAUACCUUGAUGGACAUUCCCACUUAUGAGGAAGAUAAGAACAGUGAAGCACAUCUAAACAAUCAGCAGAGCUUUAAUGUAACUGAUAGUCAAGAUAAAGAAGGAAACCAUCAUGAAGAAUCGUCAUCAACUACAAAUGAAGAGACAGACUCACAGAACAGAGAUCAGAGGAACCAAAAAGACAGAAGUCAUGUCCAAAGUGUGGACAGCUCUCACAUGUCAGAAAGCCAUUGUGACGCUAAUGUUGGAAUGAACUUCACAAACUCAACUUUGGUUAAGAAACCCAAACAAUCUUCAAGCGAAAAGAGACUUUCUUGUAUGAAGUCUGGUGAAAGCUCAAUGAUUGUUAGUAAUCUCUUUGCCUACAUGAAAAAUGACUCUGAUGACAGACUUUGUAUCUGUACAGAAAGCAGUAAAACUUUUGGUUAUGGGUCUCAGUUCAGAACUGACAUAAGAACUCAGAGACGUGAGAAGACUUUGUCUUGUAAAGAAUGUGAUAAAAGUUUUAGUUUUUUAACUCAUCUUAAAACACACAUGAGAACACAUACAGGAGAGAAGGCUUUUUCAUGUACAGAAUGUACAAAAGGCUUUAGUCGUAUAUCUCAACUCAAAACACACAUGAAAACACAUACAGGAGAGAAGGCUUUUUCAUGUACAGAAUGUACAAAAGGCUUUAGUCGUAUAUCUAAUCUGAAAACGCACAUGAGAACACAUACGGGAGAGAAGCCUUUUUCAUGUAAAGAAUGUACAAAACGCUUUAGUCAUAUAUCUAAUCUGAAAACACACAUAAGAACACAUACAGGAGAGAAGCCUUUUUCAUGUAAAGAAUGUAGAAAUAGUUUUAGUGAUUUAUCUUGUCUUAAAAGGCACAUGAGAACUCAUACAGGAGAGAAGCCUUUUUCAUGUAAAGAAUGUACAAAACGCUUUAGUCGUACAUCGGAUCUGAAAACACACAUAAGAACACAUACAGGAGAGAGGCCAUUUUCUUGUAAAGAAUGUAGAAAGAGUUUUAAUGAUUUAUAUUGUCUUAAAAGGCACAUGAGAAUUCAUACAGGAGAGAAACCUUUUUUAUGUAAAGAAUGUACAAGACGCUUUAGUCGUAUAUCUCAUCUCAAAAGACACAUGAGAACACAUACAGGAGAGAAGCCAUUUCUAGGCAAAAAUUGUAAUUAAGAAUUAUGUGGGGGGAAAAAAUCUAUUGUAAAAGCGUUCUUUUAUAUAUGAAUAUGCAGUUUUUAGCCCUUGUCGUAUUUAAGACAUAUUUUCUGCAGUACAGCAGGAGUUCAUCAGAAAUGCUCAUCUGAGUUAUGCGCAGGACCGUUUCCACUGAAAUUAGUUCCGCUAAUUUGUCCAACAUGACUUUGUUUACACACUCUUCUGCUAGCUCGUAGCACCUCACAAGCCAAGGCUAACAUUAGUGUAGAAAAAAAACUGUGAGCAAUAUCAGAACUAUACAGUUUAGAGCCAGAUAGCAGAUCAGACGAGGAAAAUAAAGACGUUAAUGGAUCUAUUUGGAUGCAUUGGAAUGGGAGCAGGCAAAGGAGUCUUUGGCCCACCCAGGUCAGUUGCUGUGUCACAAACCUGAGCUUUUUCAAAACUGGAGGAAGAUGAGACACCAGACCCAACAAUGAAGAUGCUAUCAAAGCAACCUGAGCUUUCAUUACAUGAAUACAGAGCCACAGGCUGAUGGCCUCCAUUGAUGUUGUCAUUCAAUUAUAAGGAGGCACAAGUGAUUGUUGAAUGCAUAGAAUUAACGUUUUCUAAAGUCUGACAUGAGUGCUGAAAACAUUCUUUUUUGUUUUUUUUGAUAUUCUGAUUUUCUAAGACACUAUUUCUUAGGGUUUCAUCAUCUAUAACCCACUAUGAUCACAUUGCUAAAAUAAAGUAUUGUGUAAUGAUUCUAUA